GUGACAUAAUUAGCCCUCGAAUCAAUCAAGAUGAAUUGCGCGUCAGCCCGCGGCGGGAUUGCUUCCCCUUUCUCCGGGGCGGCUCGUGCCCAAAGCCUGGCGGGCACCUAGAUGGGGCUUCGGAAGAUGCCAAGAAGAGCUCAGCUCCGUGGAGGCUGCUUCCGCCUACUUCCACUCCCCCCGAAGCCAGCGGCGGUGGAGGAGGAGGUGGAGAAGCAGCCAUGAGUAACUUGGACAACUGCGGCGGCCACGGGACCCCCGGGGUCUACCUUCCCUCGGCCUAUUACAUCUCCCACUCCGAUUUUUCCGGCAAGACCCCGUUUCUGUCCCAGCCGCCUCCUUCCUGUCAAAUGGCUUUGUCUUACGCCUCCGCCUUGCCCGGCCAGGUGCAACCGGUGGGCGAAGUGCCCGCCGCCUUCCGCGAUUACGCUGGAGGAGGUGGAAGCAGCAAGUGGGCUUACCGGAGCGCUUACAGUCCGGGUUACUACGAGGAGGUCUUCCACAGCCGGGACUUCCUGCCACCACCGACCGCCAACAGGAGCGACGCCUUCCUCAAAAGUGACGACGUUGGCCGUACCCACCCCGCACCUUUCUAUGGCGCGGUAGGCAGGAACGGCGUUCUCCCGCAGGGCUUCGACCAGUUUUACGAGGCGGCCCGCGGCUGCGCCCCUUCCCCGACCCAGGCAGAAAAGGAGAGCAACAAGGACCUCAAGUCGCCGCCAGAGUCGAGGGACGCUGGCGAUCCAAGCUCCCACCUUCCCAGGCCCAAGAGGAAAGCGGGGAACGAAGGCAACGCGGAUUCCUCCUCGGGGGAGGCCCGCACUCCCAAAAGCCAGAGCUCAGCACUCCCCCAGAGAUCCCGGAAAAAGAGAUGUCCUUAUACCAAGUACCAGAUUAGAGUCCUGGAACGGGAAUUUUUCUUCAACGUGUACAUCAACAAAGAGAAAAGACUCCAGUUGUCCAGAAUGUUGAAUCUCACAGAUCGACAAGUCAAAAUUUGGUUCCAAAACCGAAGGAUGAAAGAAAAGAAACUCAACCGAGACCGUAUGCAAUAUUUCACAGGAAACCCCUUAUUUUGAGAGGAGAAGCGGGGAGAGUGGGGGAGGAAGGACAGAUCUCCCCUUUAUUAUCCAACCAGACUUAUGAGCACACAAAACCUAGAGGUUAACAUGAUAUCCACCCUAAGAAGCUCUUUUUUUAAUUAUUAUUAUUUUGGUUUGUGGUAUUUCUUUGUCUCCUGGUGAUCUCACGGGAUUGAUAGAGCAAAACCCCUCCUAUAAGCAACUGGGGUAAACCUAACACUCCAUCCCAAUGCUGUAGUGUUGUCUUACUUCUUUAACAAACUCCAAAUCACUCCCAACGUUCAUUUAUUUUAUUUUCUCCCUGGCUUUUCGUGGCUGCAAUCGGAGACUUUGUGUGAUUCUGACAGUUUUAAAACCAGGCAUCCUUUAAGCCUCCUCGGUUAUUCUCCCCCUCCCCCCGCUUUUGGGCUUUGAGACAGGAAUGCAUUUUGUCCGUUUGCACCAUAUAUCAUGGGUAAAGGAGAUAAUGUGCAUUGGAUCCAUAACCUCAUGCUGGUUAGAGAGGAUUGGGAACUCCGUUUUCAUAUCAAGGCACUAGACACUGCCGCCUUCUUUUGUGCCUCCCAUGAUUUGCUAGUAAAGCUGAAACUGUAUUUUCCACUUCCAUCAUCUGCUAAAUUACCCAUUGCUGAAGAAGCACCGCUGUGUCCUUUCUGAGCCCACAUGUAACUGAAUCCCAGUGCAUCUAGUCCCAGGAUCUUAUAUUUUAAGGGGGGGAAAUCCAGACAGGGGAAUGUUUUCCACACUGAGGGCUGAAUUAGCCGUACGUGUGCAAAAUCCAUUCUACUGUUAUCACUAAACAUUGCAAGUAUUUUAUCCCAGGAGCCUAAAUGGGCUCAUAAAAAUAAACCCUGAUUAGACUUCAGUUGUAAAGUCAUAAGAUGAAAUUUCACCGUGUUGUAAGGUUUGGAGACCCUCAACUGUAGUCUAAGAGUGCAAUCCACUCUUAGAAACUCCCAGCUCCAAAACUUGAACUUAUUCAUGGGGGGUCGGAGGAACUGCACUAAAGAGAACAAUUUUUAAAGGCAUUCUUCCAUAUUAUUGGCAUGCAAAGACAAACUAAUAAAAGGGUUGGGGAACUCUCUGUUUUGCUACUAAAUAGCUAACCUUUAUUCUCUCUCUCUCUCCCUCUCUCCCUCUCUCUCUCU